UUAAUGAAUGCUCCCUGGGUUGACAACAUGGCAGAUUGGAGAAGUAACAGAAACGGCAAGACAGAGGAGAUUCUCGACCAUGAGAACCAGCAGAGAGUUGAUGGCUUGGCGGGAAAGAUCUCCAGAUUGAAAGGGAUUGCUCUGGACUUGGAAACAGAGUCUCGAGACUCAAACCGAUACCUGGAUGGAAUGCAAGAUGACUUCGGCAGCACGCAGGGUUUGUUGUCCGGCAGUGUGACACUCACCAGCAUGGUGAACUCCGGCAAGGGCAACCGGAAAGUCAUGUGCUACAUCAUCAUCGGACUUGUGUCUCUGUUCUUCCUUGCCUAUUACCUGGUAUCCAAGGUAACAGCAGGAUGAAUGCUGUGGCGCCAACAGGCAUGGGAUAAGAGUGGGAGUAUUCAGGACGGGACAGAUACAGACUGACUACAUUGUGUUGUUUGUGGUGUUCCGGGCAGCACUGCUUUGUGGGUUUAUGAUCAGACACAAUCUUAUUUCUUUAAGUUUCUUGUGGGAUUUUAAGGAUAUUAAUGGGAAACUAACUACAUUCUGACCAGAUUGAAAACCUAGUUUGAAUCAAGUAGUGCAAACAUUUGUUUGUUUGUCUACUAUCACCAUGCUAUUGUGCAUAUCUGUCACGAUAACCCCAGUCACACUGACUCCAUUACACAAUGAUAUGUGUUACACACGACGCCAAGACACAGACUUCGCUACACAGACAUCAUUACACAGUCUGCAUUACAGACUCCGCUACACAGACAUACAUUACACAGUCUGCAUUACACAGACUCCGCUACACAGACAUCAUUACACAGUCUGUAUUACAGACUCCGCUACACAGACAUCAUUACACAGUCUGCAUUACACAGACUCCGCUACACAGACAU